AUGCCAAUCAACGACCAACUAUCAAAGUCGGAUGCUCUCACAGCUAACCAAGUCAAAUCUUACGUUCUACGAACAGAUGCCGUAGCGCACUGCUCGGUAGCAGACAUGCACGCAGUCCCAGAGGCCAUCAAAGUUGAUGAUGGUACUGCUUCGAUCAACUGUCUCAAGAGGCGUCAUGAACGGAUGUCAAUGGAAGAAUUGGGAGAGAGUUCAUCAUUUCAUCGAUUACGGGGCUUUGAAAUUGGAGACAUCGUUUCUGUUAUUGGUAAAAUUGAAAGUUACAAGGAGAUUCCACCACUCCCCAACCCCUCUACCCCAAAGGAAAGCGACAGGUUCACCCCGCAAUAUGGUUAUGCAUCCUCUAUGGCAAGCUCACCUGCGACCGCUGACCAUUCUUCCCCAGUCGGGUCACCGAAAGAAGAUAAACCACGUCUUCGACAUCCUUCUCGCCUUCGCUCCAAGGAUCUUAAUGAAAAUGUCUUCAGGAUGUAUCUUUCGCACAUUGUAGUGUCGACACUCUCUAUGCCGGAGUCCACUUCUCAUGACAUCUUACCUCUGGAGUCAAUGCCGGGAAACACUAGUAACUCGACUCCUAGGCCCUCCCAGAAAAGGGCAGGUUCAGACUCAUUCAACAAAACACCAACGCGGUCUACUCGGCCUUAUGUCGAUUCGUUUGGUUCUCCUACUCCAAGAAAACCUGCAGGAUUGAUAUCUGACGAAGGUCCUACUCCUACUCUUGGCGUAACUCUUUCCUAUCUUCGGCGCGUCCGGGUUCUUUCUGAUCUUGCCCGACGCGUUGUGGAUAACGCGGCGCAUGAAAGGGACAAGGCCAUGAGGCACGCGGAACGGAGUGCCAGAGCCAAGUAUGAAGCGGCACACUCGUCAAUUUCAGAGAAGGUCGCUCCGAGCUCUGCCACUGCUUCCGCCUCUAAAACGACUACGACUUUAGGGUCUCAUUCCAAAUCGUCGCGGGUCCCUCAUAAAUCCAGUUCGGCCAAAGCGAUAGCGGGAUCUUCUCGUACGAGUACCGAAUCAUUACCUCUCCAGCGUUCAAGUGCCACUCAAAGUCGAAUGGGUUCAAACCCCAACUCGAUUCGAAGCUCAAGCACACCACGCUCCUCGUCUCGUGUCAGCCAGCCUAUCACGCCAGAAGAAACUGCCAGAAGAGCCGCAUACCAUGCUAAACUAUCAAAGUUACAUGACGAGGACAAAAAGAAGCAAGCAACACGUAUGAAACGGCUUUUCGAAUCCGCAUUGCGUACGCUCGUCAGCGAGGGAGAAUUAAUACUAUUCGACGGUCCCAAGAGGCAAAUACCUUUGUUCAACGAGCCAACCGGAAGAAUCUCUCAGACCCCGAGUGGGAUCUGGCACGACGUAACCAGCGCCACAGCGAGCAGCAGCGCAAGCACUAUUUCAACUGCGUUGACUGCUCCCUCGUGUUCCGAUUUGGAAACUAUUUCAGAGGGCGAUGGCCAAUCUACAGAGUUAUUAUCUGACCCCUCUGAUAGUGAGGAUGCCUAUAUCCCCGUAACACUUGAAGUCUUACGGCCGGUCAUGCUGGCUGCUUUACGCCGGUGUCUGAUAGCUCAACGUGGCGGCGUGGACCUCAAAACCUGGACAAAAGCUCUAAGGAGCGAUGGGCAAUGGUCGUGCAUUCCAGACCUUGUUGUGAAGGAAAUGAUAGAGUCUUUGCGUAGAGAGGAGUGGGUUACCAGGGUCGGACCCGAGCAGUGGGAUUUCACCCGAGGUAGCUGGGCAAGGAGCUUAAAGCUUAGUUAA